AAGCAAAGAGAGGUAGAGCACCGGCAAAAUCCUAAGUAGCAAGCAUCUCUACAGUACAGCAUGAAUCCAAAACUGCCGUCGUUGGCCGGUUAUCAAAUCAAACAUCACCAAGUGUCUCCUUUCCUUCUCUUCCUCCUUGUUCAUGGCCUAUUCUUCAAGUUUUCUUCUCAGGAAACAACAAACCAAUCGAUCACUUCAAAUAAUUUCGCCAAAAUUGACACCAAAUCAGACCCAGAAAGCUAUGGGUUGUACUCAGGGAAAGCCUUCAAUGAAUACACCACCUACGGGUUUGGAUAAGCUGAAAAUGCAAAAUGGGUAUGCGGGUAGGAGAGAGGAUUUUGCACCUAAUAGAAGAUCUACUGGCCAGAGGCAAUCUGGCAGGAUAGACCGCCCUGAGCCACCCAUGGAAGUGGAGUUUGAUGAUGGUGGUGGAGAAGGUAAGUUGAGUGAGGGGGUGCUAAAAAGAGAUGAUGGUGCUCAUGCUUGCGGGAACAAUUCACGGAGAGAUAUACUUGUUGUUGGUGAAGAUGAAUUGGUGGAUGGAUGGCCAAAGUGGCUGACUGAUAAUAUUCCUCGAGAGGUUUUGGCUGGUUUGGUCCCAAAGAGUGCAGAGAACUAUGACAAGCUUGAUAAGGUAGGCCAGGGUACUUAUAGUAACGUAUAUAAAGCUCGAGACAGAGACACUGGAAAGAUUGUUGCCCUGAAGAAGGUUCGUUUUGACACCUCAGAACCUGAGAGUGUGAAAUUUAUGGCACGGGAGAUUAUGAUAUUGCUGAAGCUGGAUCAUCCCAAUGUCCUAAAGCUUGAAGGGUUGGCCACAUCGAGAAUGCAGUAUAGUCUUUAUCUCGUGUUUGAUUUCAUGCAGUCUGAUUUAGCAAGAGUCAUCUCCCGCCCUGAAGGAGGACUAACUGAACCACAGAUCAAAUGUUACAUGCAUCAACUGCUCUCAGGACUACAGCAUUGCCAUGAUAGGGGAAUACUACAUAGAGACAUUAAAGGAUCUAACCUUUUGAUUGAUAAAAAUGGGAUGCUAAAGAUUGGAGAUUUGGGGCUUGCUAAUUAUUAUUUUCCAAACGCCAAGCGUCCUCUCACAAAUCGUGUUGUGACACUUUGGUAUCGUGCACCUGAGCUAUUGUUGGGUUCUACAGAUUAUGGAGUCGGUAUUGAUCUUUGGAGUGCUGGAUGCGUCUUGGCAGAGAUGUUUGCUGGGAGGCCAAUUAUGCCAGGCAGAACUGAGGUUGAGCAACUUCACAGGAUUUUUAAGCUAUGUGGAACUCCCUCAGGGGAAUAUUGGAAAAAGUUAAGGUUGUCAACAACCUUCCGACCUCCCCAAUGCUACAAACCUACUAUUUUCCAAGCUUUCAGGGAUUUCCCCGAAUCUUCUAUUGGUCUUUUGAGCACACUUCUUGCUUUGGAUCCAACAUAUCGUGGUACUGCAUCUUCGGCCCUUCAGAACGAAUUCUUCCGCACAAGCCCUUUGGCAUGUGACCUUUCAGGUUUACCUGUAAUCUACCAAGAGGAGGAUGAGCCACCUCAAGCUAGUGAACGGAGGAAGUAUAAGAACUCCAGAAUGAAGCAAAGGUCUCAAAGACAUCGUGAACGAAGGAGAAAAGACAUACCAACUGAGAAACCAAAAGAAGAUCAUGCGUCCCCUAAAGAGGAUCAGGAAAGGACUGUUGGAUCAAAAAUCCAAAGCCAAGUACCACGAUCCAGUACCAGUAGUACCUCGUCCAGCACAAGGCCAGGUCAGAAUGAAAACCUGCCUUUCUUGCUAUCCCCUAUGGCAUCCUCCCAGCAAAUGCGCCUUCCCCCAGGAACCCAAGGCCAUCCUAAUGCUAGGAAAAGUUUCCACAAAUUGCCUCCGUUGCCAACUUCUAAGACCAUCACCGGCAAGUACAAAACGGAAGAUGAUGAUGUGCGCAGACUGAGUCAAGUUAACCGGUCUGCAUCCACAAGAGAAUUCAGAGAAGUGAACCAAAGGAAGUAUAUACAACCCUAUCCAUUAGAUGACCAGGCCCCAUGAGAUUACAAUAUCUAGCUAAAACCAUUCUUUCUUGGUUUACCUACAUAAUGAUUUUGCAGCUCUUCUUGGGUAUUUGUUCAAUAUUUGUGCUCAUAUUUUUCUCAAAGUGAUUAAGAGCAUAUACCAAUAUUACAUAUUAUGCUAAUUUAUAACCAUUAUUGAUGUUGAUAAGUACAGGCCUGGUUGCUCUAGAACAAAAGAUUUGUACUUUUCCUCUUCUA